AUGGCAACUGCUGACAUUAUUGUAUUUAAAUUUUACAAUAUAGAUUGCCCAUGGUAUGCCUUCAAAAAAGGAAGUGAUUAGCUCUAAACGAAUAUAUCCAGGUAUUUUCGAGAUAGAAUGAAUUAGAGCAGCAUAAUAGAAAGGGUGCAAUUCAAUUAACUUGGGAUGUUUAAGGUGUUUUUCCAAAGAUUGCUUAAAAGAUAGGAGUAUAACCAAUAGCUGAUGAUCCUCCCUUAGUAUUUAAAAUAAUUAAGACUUAGCCACCAAAACCAAAAUAUAUUCCACCUCCAUUACCUCAGAAUUAUGUUCAUCCUCCAAUAAAAAAACAAGGAAAGAAGACAGGGAAACCAUUAAUAGUAGCUGAGAAAUAAAGUUAAGAAGAGAGCAUUGCAAAAAAAACAAUCAGAUAGAGCAGAUAGUCACUUUCUAAUACAAAUUAUGGAAAAGAAUAUGGUGGUUUUUAUAGUUUGGAUAGGUGUUUUUUGAAACGUGAUAAAGAAUUCAUUAAAAAAGAAGUUAAAGGAUAUGGUAAUAAUGAUAUAAUAGAAUUGCAGGUAACUUCUAUGAGAAAUCACCUGAAGGAAGAUUUAUGCAUGUUCCAUAGCCUCCAUUAUCAUACAAGUAUUAAUAUGUAGCUUCAACAGAAUUAUGA